AUGCCUUCGGGUAGCCUCCCCGCUGCUUCAGCAUUCCAGCCCCCGGAUCCCCAAAUGCCGGAACAAUCGUCCCCCGCUUCACCUUCCCCCACGAAGGCAUCUCAACCAAGAGCUAUUUUGCCUAAAUCUUCUUCAAUAAAUUCCAAAACUAAUUACAUCUCACCCUACCGACAAACACCCCCGUCCUCAAGAUCGGUUUCUUCGCCACUUGCCAAGUCCUCGACAAUACCAUCGACAACAAACGUUCACUCCCCUAAUUUUAAGGACAUUGUGAAUCGAUUCAACACAAAGCAGGACGAGAAAAUUCCGAAUCCCAGUAACCGCAUUCCGGCUGUCGCCGCCGCCGGGCCCAAUGCUGCUAGAACCCGAAAGCCACCGGCAUGGAAGCCAGCAGGCGGUGGAGGUGGGCAAACGGGUGUGUCUGCACGGUCAAGCAAUCAAUCUGCGGCUGGAAGGAGUAGGGCCGGUGAGCGUUCCGGAUCGACUCAAUCCCAUUCCAUCUCGAGUAAGGGGAAGGGCUCGAGUCGGGCUCGGCGGCCCGGCACUUCAAUGAGCAAUGGUGUUGAAGAGGCUACAAGCGCUCGGCACCUAUUACCACCAUUGGAUACAUCUUUUGGCGACAAACCUUCCGGCCCAAAUGGACAUCGGCGAAGCCGCUCAGCGCUGGAAAUUCAUUCGCCUUCUGCAGCCUCACUAGCUGAUACCGAAGGUGAAACGAGUAGCGCCGGAUUUUCAGCUCAUCCAUUACGGCAUCGGAGGAGCAGAUCCAACGCGGACGUAUUUUCUUCUCCUACUGAUGCUAUGGAGAUAGACGCGAUAUUUGACCGGUCUGCUGCUGUGCCUCAGGGCCUGCCUUCCCCCCGUUCCGUUUCCACGGCGAAAUCCAAUAUUCCAGUAGCAAGACACCCGCCAACUCUGGACUACGGGUAUGGUGCUCGGAACGCCUCCCGGGCCACAAGCUUGGCACCUGCUGCGGUUUCCUCCCAUGGCUCACGGCACCCCCCUCGACCUAGUGCUAGUCCUAGAUUGGCGGCAUAUAUCACUACACCCCAGCCAAAGAAAUCACCGCCAUUGAGGUCAUCUCGUGGACAGCGUUUGCCAACUGCAGGUUCCGCGGCAGCGUCGAGACAGAAAUUUCAAAAUAAUCAACAAAGCCCGUUAUCUUAUUCUAAGGAGACAAAUCUUCAGCGCGGUAGAGGCGCGAGGACUUUUGAGCCUGAGAAUAAUCGAGGAAAGGACGUAAAAAAGAGAAUCCCCGAGUUGGGUACUGUGGAUUUUGCCGCCAGAAGAGCUCGAAUUCAAAACGCUUUCAAUGAAACUUUGAAAGAGACAUCCGAAUCGAAGACGAAGGUUGUUUAUAAGGAGAGUUCUAAACAGAGUUUGAGAGGUGAGAUGGUUGAUGAUCGUGAUGGAGGCAGCAGUGAGGCAAGAGGGGGUUAUCAGGAGAGAAUCGAAGAAGAGGAAGAGGAUGAGCUUGGGGAAUCACCUAUAAGCAAUAACCUAGAGGUUGCUGCAAAACCACAUGGGGAAGUUGUGCAGGACUCGGUUGAUCCUGAGCCAAUUGAAUCCAAGUUCAUCUCUGUUUUGCCUGCCAGAUCUGAAUCCAUGGAAAUGGGUGCCGAGUCGUACUUUGAUGAGUCAAGAAUCAAUGAUCUUUGGGAUAGGCGACAGUCAUUGUCCUCAAGCCUGCGAUCGUCUCUUUCAUCCUUUGACGAGAGGCCACCGCCAAUCGAGGACCUACAUGCUAACCAAAUUUCUAGCUAUCAUCAGACCACGAACAACGGCGCCGGCAGUGCUGGGGUAAGCCCUAGCUCAGCUCAAGAGCCGCCUGUGCUGGCAGGGACAAGAAGUGAAGAGCCAUCAAUUCCCGUCAUUGUCACACCCGACAUGCCCUCGGGUUCUUUGCGACUUGUGCACAUACCACAGCUUCUCAGACCCGAUUCGACAAUGACAGCAUGGAGUAUGGCGACCGGCCCAAAUAGGGACUCUUCGGAUAUCAGAGAUGGGACAGCACAUGAGGUCGUUGGUUGUAUUGGGUCAAUUAUUGAGGCUCCGGAAAGCAACCAACUAGAGUCGACCACGAGAACUAAGCCAGAUUCUAUUUCGGUGACAUCCGAUACUACAGAGAGGGCAAAUCUGUCUCCGGUGGCCGCCACAUCUGCGUCAAGCACACCUUUGGAUGAUAGGGCUACUAUUGUUGACGUCUUCGACCAUUACGAUGAACCACGAGAAGACUUUUUGAAAUCCUAUGCUGAUACCGAAGAAGAAGUGACGGAGUUUGAGACAGGAGCAGAUACCGUGGACGAUUGUGCAGAUGACGUGAAUGAGGAAACCGAGGACGCAGAGACCGAAGGAGAAACCGAGGAGGGUGUGACUGAUGGAGAAACUGAGGAGGAGGAGGAAACUGAAGAGAGCGAAACCGAGACGGAGACCGAAGACGGUACGGAAGUGGAAGAGGCCACUAGCACCGAAGGCUACGAUGAUUAUGUCGAAGAUAGCGAACUGUGCGAUUACACGUCUUGCUCUGAUAUCCCGAGCUCGGCUCGACCCAGCAUUGGCGACCAGUCAGAAGGUUGGGAGACGACCUCGUCCCGGGCGAGCCCGGAGCUGGAUAUUCACCCUACCAAGAGACAGUUGAUCCAAAGGCUUGAUUCGCCAACCACUCCUCGACAGAGCACGGACGGAUCGGAAUUCCCACUUCCCCCAACGCCUCCCCCAAAGGAUUACCACUUCUUACCCCCUGCACCUCCCGCGAAGGACCCCCCCAGAGCUGUCUCACCUUCCCCCUCAGCGAUGAGCACUCCGCCGGUUUAUUCUAGCAAUAGAAUGCCUCUACAUACCCCGCUCCAAUUGCCGGAAAUUGAAAGGGAUAAUGAGCCCCUAGGACUAGCAAUCAAUGUCUUUCCCACCUACACUGAGCGAACAUCCUCACCACUUCCUCCCCCGCCAGGUAGCAGAUCCGGUCCAGACCGCUGGAACGCCUCUUCUACUAUGGAUCAUUACGGGAACAAUACAAGACAGAGCCAGGAUUCACAGCAUCCUUAUUCUGGUAGGCAAAGCUUGGACCAAUACUCGCAUAGGCCAAGCCUGGAUCGUGCACAUUCUUAUCCAGCCAAGCAGUCGAAUUCUCCCUCUUCGAGUUUUUAUUCAGAGCUGGAGUCUCGCCAUAGCUCCAUAUCGGUUGGGCCUAAUGGAUACCGCCACUCGGAAACCCCAGCAUCUUCCAUGGCUCCAACUAAACGUGGGUCCUCUUCCAUUCAUUCUCAAGAGCACCCUGGCCCAAGGGAGGCUCCAGAGCAGAAGUUGUUGAUCAAACGUCGCCACCUACUGAAGGAGUUGGUGGAUACCGAGAGCUCUUAUUUCCGAGAUAUGACUGUCGCAAUGGAGAUCUAUAAGGGUUCUGCGAAUGCUUGUUCCUCUAUUACCCUUGAUGAUAUAAAGGUCUUAUUUGGAAAUACGGAUGCCAUUGUGCAAUUUUCGAAAACUUUCUUGGAGUCCCUGAAGGCGGCGGUAGGGAGUGUCUACGUUCUACGCAGGGCCCGAAGCGGUGUGAAUAGCAGCGCUGUGAGCAUAGCCAACUCGGCGAAUAGUGGGGAUGAAGACAGCAAGUCUAAUUCCUUUGAGGACAUUGCCACCGAGGAGGAGAAGGAUAGGAGGACAUAUGUGGGUGAGGUUUUCAUGGAUAUGUUCUACAACAUGGAAAGGGUCUAUGGUGAAUACUGCAAGAACCACGACAACGCGGUUGGGCGAUUACAAAAGUUGGAAGGUAACAGGGGUGUGGCCAUUUGGCUGGCGGUAAAUAUCACCUUUCUGUGGUGAUUCCUUUGGAAUACUAAUAAGGGUGUAGGAAUGCAAAGCAUGCGCUGAAGACCUCACGAACGCCUGGAAUCUAGAAUCUUUACUCAUCAAGCCUGUCCAGCGAAUAUUAAAGUAUCCACUUUUGCUUACUCAGCUGCUCGAAUGCACACCUCGAAGUCAUCCAGAUUUUACUCAGCUAGAAGUGGCUGCCAAGGAGAUGAAGUUUGUUGCAGAUCGUAUCAAUGAAAUGAAGAAGAGAAAGGACAUGGUCGAACGAAUUGUGGGCCGCAAGAGAGCCGAAACGGAUAUCCGUCAUGGAAUCACCAAGGGUUUCGCGCGCCGCGCUGAAAAGCUCAAGCAAUCCGUGGGGUUAUCCGAGGUUGUGGUGGACGAUGUCUACAAUAGGCUUUUCGAGAACUAUAACAUGCACUUUGUCCAGGUCCAGGUGAUAAUACGGGAUAUCGAGAUCUAUACCAUGGAUAUUCAAUCACACAUAGAGAAGUUUCUGGAAUUUACACAAACGAUCAAGGAGUUUGUCGACAUAUCCCAUACGCAACACCCUGAGAUUGAGACAAAAUGGAGAAAGUUUGAUAGUGCUAUGAAGGAGAUGGCAUCCACCUAUCUGCAGGAGCAUGUGAGUAUUUCAAGGACCUGCACCCAAUAAUCCCUACUAACCGGGACAGAAACUUCGUGUACGCAAACAUUCUAUCGAGCCUCUGGAAAUGCUUCUGAAAAUGCACGAAAGCCCACAACGAAUUAUGACAAAGCGGAAUAAAAAAGCGGUGGACUAUGCUCGGUAUAGGGCAAUCAGGGAUCGAGGGGACACUCCCGACAAGAAGUCUAUCGAACUCGCCGACGCAUAUGUCGCGCUGAAUGAAACGCUGAUUGACGAGCUCCCCAAGUUAUUUAGAUUGACGAAGAAGCUUAUUGAUACCGUUUUAUUAAAUUUUGUUGAGUUGCAGGGUCUGUGGAUGAAUAGCUGGGCCGCCAAACUUCGUAUGACCUUCACAGAAAUGGAGAUGCCCGCUGAGGUGGAUAGCAUUGUCAAGGACUUCAUGGGCGAUUUUUCGUAUAACGAGCAGAGUCUCAAUCAUAUGGGAAUUUGUAAUGGUAAGGGUUUAUCAUUUUUUUUUAAAUUUUUUUAGUGAGUCUUGCAAACUGUCUAACGCUCGGGAACAAGGGACCUUGAAAGCCAUGUUGUUACCACAAACCCAGUUUCUUUCACCGUCUUCGACAUUAUCUCUCGAUGCCUUUGAAUACCCACGGAGGCCGUCGACAUCCGAAGGGAACGGGCUUUCCACAACAGGACGAGAUAGAGCCUUGUCCUUAACAAGCCACUCCCCAACGGCCUUGAGUUUUGACAAGCCCUUUGAAGAGCGUCGUCACAGUGGCGGGUCCACCCUUUCACCCUUGAUUGCGAUGGGCCCCGUCCUUCCAAUCGUGCCCCAGAUAGCCAGUAACCCCCGGGGGCGGGCUGGGUCGGCGCACUUACAGAGGUCGCCAAUGAGAAUUACUCCACCAGUUCCUCAACGAUCAUUCUCAACAAUGACAGCCGACAGACAGCUUCAUACUCCAGUCACCCGUACCUAUUCGCCAUCUCUGCCUGAUCGCCCCGGAUCCAGGGCAUAUUCGUUGGCACCAACGCUGUUUGAUGGCCCGGAAACCCAGACCGGCAACCCGACCUUAGUUGAUUCAGGCGCGGGACCCCAUAGCCGUUCUGCAUCUCCAGCACCCACGCCAAUGUUUUCGUCAGCAAUGCCAAUGGAGGACGACAGGGAGAUGAAAUCCGAUAGUGAAUCCCAGUCGAGAGACCCUUCGCGCAGUGCCUCGCGGGCGCCGUCUGUCGCAUCAUCAUCAAGACAGAGCCAACGACGGGCAUUGACAUUAUCCAAUAACAGUACACCCAUAUUUGUUGUGGCUAGCCUGUACGAGUUUAACAUUGAUAAACAACGGAGAGAGGGUGGCUUCCCAUAUCUCACCUAUGUACAAGGCGAGAUAUUUGACGUAUGCCCCCCUGUCCCCUACCGGCAGACCUCUUCUAACAGCCUCAUAGGUGGUGGGAACGAAGGGAGAGAUCUGGUUGGCGAAAAACCAAGACGACGCAAAUGGCGAACUUGGCUGGAUCUGGUGCAAGCAUUUCGCACGUCUUUAGAUUUUUUUUUUUUUUUUCCUUUUCUCCUUCAAUCAUAGUGUACCCUCCUUCCACUUUCAAUGUUCCUAUCUACCCUGGAACCCCCUCACUGGAAAUGGUGUGAAAUCAAGGACAAAUCCCGGAUCUCGUGAAUGCAAUGACCCGGCUACGUGUUUUCUUUUGCUUUAUUCUUCUUCUCCAGAUCAAAUCAGACCAAAUCAAAUUAAACAAAUAUACCUUAGCCAAUUUCUUCUCUUAUUUAUUUCUUUUCUAUUCUUUCUUUUCUCACUCUUUUCCUUUCCUUUACUGUUUUUUUUACUCAUCUUAUCAUUGCAAAGCAAUUUCUUUUUUAUCCAUAUCUGUCUCCACCUAUUCAUUCACCUACCAACCUACCCAUCUGUCAGAGCCUCCUCUCACUUUUUUUUUUCCUUCGCUUUGUUUUUCUUUGAAACCGGGUGUUGGGUGCAUUGUUUUUUUAUUUUUUAUUUAUUUUGUAAGCGUGUGGGCGGCGUCAUUUUUAAAGGUAGUUUUAAUAUACCCUCUCAUUAGCCUUAUACUUUUUCAUUUUCAUCCAUUUCUUGCAGUACAGUAUACAAGUACGCUAAAGUAAGUAAGUCAGUCAGUUUGUAAAGCUAGUACCGGUAAAUGCAUUUUCAUUUUCAGUUUGUGUGCGCUCCCGUUGUGUAGCUACGUACUGUACUGUAACUGGGUAUUUUGUGAUAUUGGCUCGGAUGAGGGGUUGCUGGAUGAUUCACUGGCUACGGUACAGUACCCUGUGAAUUACCCUUCAUUCUUCCCCCGCCCGCUCCUUUACUGACUAGUUGGUUUUCGGGUUGUUGACCUGGUCAGUGGGCGCUCACUUAUUGCGUGGUAUGUGCAGCACAGUAUCAUGAUGGGUUAGUGGUGGAUAGAUGGUAUAGCACAGGACAGUACAGUAACGUCGAUGAAUGCUAUACCGCAAUACAAACUCUUCGAGUGACUAUACACGCUUGAAAUUAUGAUUAUCAUAGACCCAGUCGCAGUAACGUAUUCUACCUAGUGUUGUAACACUGUAGUAAUGGAACACCACACAAAAAUAAGACAUGUCAUGUAAAACCAUAUAUUACAGUAGCUACAGUACUCAGAACCAGCUCAUACCUAUUGAUUAGUAUAGCAUUUUGGUAUAGAUUACUUAGUUUCAGGCUUAUCGCCUACAAUAGUCAUUGGAGAUACUGUAGUAAAAAGUGUAGACAGAGUGAGAAUCUGUGACUUGACUGGUUAAAAAAAAUUUAAAUUGGGAUAAAAAAUCAUAAAAUUAUUCUGUUACCUGGUAUAGGCAGAUGUGGGUCUUGUCCUUCACUGGACUGUUGAACCUUGCUGUUUGGAGCUCUGA